AAAUUCUAGGGAUUGGUCUAGAAAGCUGACACAGCGUGUAAAGGCCAACACCAGUAAGAAACGGAAAGUCUCACUUCUUUUUGAUCAUCUUGAGCCAGAGGAGCUGUCAGACCACCUCACCUAUCUUGAAUUUAAGUCUUUCAGAAGAAUAUCAUUCUCAGAUUAUCAGAACUACAUUGUAAAUAGUUGUGUGAAGGAGAAUCCAACAAUGGAAAGAUCAAUUGCUCUUUGCAAUGGUAUCUCUCAGUGGGUACAGCUAAUGGUUCUCAGCAGACCAACACCACAGCUUCGGGCUGAAGUGUUCAUCAAGUUCAUUCAUGUGGCGCAGAAGCUCCACCAGCUGCAGAAUUUCAAUACAUUAAUGGCAGUGAUAGGAGGUCUCUGUCACAGUUCAAUUUCCAGACUCAAGGAAACAAGCUCAUGUGUUCCUCACGAUGUAAUUAAGGUCUUCAAUGAGAUGACAGAACUGCUUUCAUCUUACAGAAAUUAUGAUAGUUAUCGACGUGCCUAUAAUGAGUGCAGUAACUUUAAGAUCCCAAUCCUUGGGGUUCACCUGAAAGAUUUGAUAUCACUUCAUGAGGGCAUGCCAGACUACUUAGAGGACAAAAAAAUUAACAUAUACAAACUAUACUCUCUGUAUAACCACAUAAAUGAACUGAUACAACUCCAGGAAAUGCCACUUCCCCUGGAGGCCAAUAUGGACCUUGUUCAUCUGCUUACGCUGUCCCUUGAUCUUUACUACACAGAAGAUGAAAUUUAUGAGCUUUCAUAUGCACGAGAGCCACGAAGUCACCGAGCUGCUCCUCUGACACCUUCCAAACCACCAGUAGUUGCAGACUGGGCCUCAGGAGUAGCCCCAAAACCUGAUCCGAAAACCAUCAGCAAACAUGUUCAGAGGAUGGUCGAUUCUGUCUUCAAAAAUUAUGACCAUGAUCAGGAUGGAUACAUUUCCCAGGAAGAAUUUGAAAAGAUAGCUGCCAGUUUUCCAUUCUCAUUUUGUGUAAUGGCUAAGGACUGGGAAGGCCUGAUCAGCAGGGAUGAAAUAACAGCUUACUUUAUGAGGGCUAGCUCAAUCUAUUCCAAAUUAGGACUUGGCUUUGCUCACAACUUCCAAGAGACCACUUACUUAAGGCCUACUUUCUGCGACAACUGUGCUGGAUUUCUAUGGGGAGUCAUUAAACAAGGAUACAGAUGCAAAGACUGUGGAAUGAACUGUCACAAGCAAUGCAAAGACCUGGUUGUGAUAGAGUGCAAGAGAAGGUCCAAAACUUCCGUUGCAGACAGCAGCCCAACGUCUGCUCUUGCUUCAAGCCUCUGCCCAGUUGGAGUAAAGGAGCAAUUCCAUGGACAAGAAGAAGGACCGUUCACAUUUCCUAAUGGAGAAGUAGUGGAACACAAUGAAGACAGCAAGGACCGAACCAUUAUGCUUAUGGGUUCCUCAGCUCAGAAAAUCUCAGUGAGACUGAAACCAGCUGUGGUUCAUAAGGGUUCACAGACUGAUCCCGUCCUGCUGGCUGCUGAUGCGUCUUGUAGACAGACAGAGAAGAAAGAACAUAGGAUGCCAGAAAAUCCUUAUCUCCAGGCAGCUCCACCAUCCCCAUGGCCAAGCCCACUUCUAGGCCGCAGAAAGGCAUACGUUAAAUGGGAAAACAAGGACUGCAGCCAGAAGGUGAAGGAGGAACAUCGCAGCUGUAAACCCUCAUACCAGGAACUCGAGCAGGAAAGAAAUACUCUAAAGGCACACAAUGAAGGUUUAAAGAUCCAACUGGAACAGGCACAUAAAACAAUUGAAUCUCUCACAAUCCAGAGAAGAAACCACAUAGUUGACAACUUGCAACACAGAGACUGCUCCUAG